GGCGGGCGUCUUGUGUUUCGAACGGUGGCAGAGAAGACGGUCCAAUGGUCAACCGGUGACGUCGAACGUUCUAUCGAAUAGCAGACGAGCGCGUUCGAGACGCCCAAUCAGCGCAGGGCGGUGUUAUGGUUUAAAAAUGCCGCGUUCGAAGGCACCGUUUAUUCUGUUUUUCUAUCCGUGAAGUGCAGAGCUUGAUGCUAUGGCAAGAACCAAGCAGACCGCCCGUAAGUCCACCGGUGGCAAGGCGCCGAGGAAGCAGCUCGCCACUAAGGCUGCCCGCAAGAGCGCGCCGGCUACCGGCGGCGUGAAGAAGCCUCACCGUUACAGGCCCGGCACCGUGGCUCUGAGGGAGAUCCGCCGUUAUCAGAAGUCUACUGAGCUGCUCAUCCGCAAACUGCCCUUCCAGCGCCUGGUGAGAGAAAUCGCUCAGGACUUCAAGACCGACUUGCGUUUCCAGAGCUCGGCCGUCAUGGCCUUGCAGGAGGCGAGCGAGGCAUACCUGGUCGGUCUGUUCGAGGACACCAACCUGUGCGCUAUCCAUGCCAAGAGAGUGACCAUUAUGCCCAAGGAUAUUCAGCUGGCCCGCCGUAUUCGCGGAGAGCGCGCUUAAACGACAACUCGGUCUAAUAUACACAAAGGCUCUUUUAAGAGCCACUUCAUCGUCUCAGGAAACAGCAAAUUUUCUUUAUUGGGUGUUUGAAUAUUUAGAAUGUGGUGCAGAGGUAAGGGGAUAUA